CUAAGAACUCAGAAAGAGGGAAGUUUAAGAGCCAGGGAGAAAACUCAUGUUUUUUUUUUGCAGAUUGAUAAAAGUACUUCACAAAGUAUCUGGUUUAUAAAGUAACAACACGGUUGUUUAGGAAGAGAUAAACAAAACAUAUUGAUCAGGACAUGUCUCACAAGCAGAUUUUCUACUCUGACAAAUACGAUGACGACAAAUUUGAAUACAGGCAUGUCAUGCUGCCUAAGGAUAUCGCUAAAAAAGUUCCCAAAACCCAUCUAAUGUCAGAGACAGAAUGGAGGAACCUGGGUGUUCAGCAAAGUCAAGGAUGGGUUCACUACAUGAUCCAUCAGCCCGAACCUCACAUCCUGCUGUUCCGGCGUCCUCUGCCUUCGGCCUAGUCUCAGUGACAUAAGAACAGUCAGGAACAGAACAAAACUGUAAUAAGUGGACUUCGUGAGAUGUGUCACAGAUGUUGGGUGUAUCUCGGAUCAGUUUGUGUUGUCUUUGUGCUCCUUUCAACAUAUAUACUAAUUGUAGACUAUUCUGUGAGACCUAUAUCCUCAUCUAUUGUUCUUGAUCUUUGCCUUAACUGAUAUGAAAUUACACAUAUUGUGUCGCUGCUCUGUAUUUAUUGUUAUCUGCAUUAUUAUUCUUUUAAGUUCCAAAUCUCUCUUUUUUGUAUGGGUGGCCCUGAUAACUAACAAAUAUAAAAACAUUGAAACUUG